UUAAAAUCUGACGUUUCCAUUCAGUGCACGCCAAACUCGUUUCAUGUGGAUGCGAGCGAGCGUUUUCGUGCUUCGUCUAAUUGUUUCCUCAAAAUAUAUUUAAAGGAAUUGAUUUAAUUCUGGUGUAGAAGUACAAUUCCAGAUCAAACAAUCUUUUUGCAAUGGAUGAUGGUGAUUACGAUAACGACGAUGUCGGUGGGGACGAAUUCGACGACGUAGAAGAGGACGAUAACAUUGAUGAGCUGAACCAGGAGGAAGAUGGGGAUAAUAUCGAACUGAUUACACCAGGCCAGGCAGGGGGCGGAGUGCCCAAGUCCAAACGGAUCACCACUAAAUAUAUGACGAAGUACGAACGAGCUCGAGUUUUGGGCACCCGGGCGCUGCAGAUUGCGAUGUGCGCGCCAAUUAUGGUUGAACUGGAGGGCGAAACGGACCCUCUGCAGAUUGCCAUGAAGGAGCUGAAGCAGCGAAAGAUUCCCAUCAUCAUACGACGAUUCCUGCCUGAUGCUUCGUAUGAGGAUUGGAGCAUUGACGAAUUGAUUAUCAUCGAUCAUUAGGAACGAUGGUUCGAUGAAUGUUUGUGUGAGUGUAUGAGCAAAAGAUAUUUUAGUUACUAGAUAAAGAUUGUCGCUGUCGUCGCUGUCCGGAACAUCUUUUGCUGGCGAGGAUAGGGGAGCUAAAUGUCAAAGAAGGAAAAUGCAUACGAUUUGACAGGUAUGUACCACACAUGUUUCGGACAGCAGAACAAAGGGAACAGUAGCGACAAUCUUUAUCUAGUAACUAAAAUAUCUUUUGUAUGAGCAAAUCUGGAUUAAUAUAUUUUUAAGGAAUCUAUGACCUCGGAACGGA